GUCUAUUGGUGAACUUGAGCGAGGCUGAUACAUUUUUACACAGUCCUAGAGGUUCAAACAACCGCUUGAAUGGAGCGAACGUUAAUAGGGGAAACAAUAAUCGAAUGUUCGAUUCUCAGGUGAGUUUCUAUAGCCUCAAAUAUUCGCAUUCCGUCCAUUCGUCUAAUCAUAAACAUUUAUUGCAAUAUCGGUUGGGAUUAGUUAGUUACGAUUGAUGCGUGAUAAGGCUUAUGUUUUAAUGAAGAAGGAAAAUAAUUGUAGUACACAGAGAAAGACCCUCAACACACAGACGAGAACCAGCGAAACUAUAUACUUACUGUAAAUGACUUGGACUAACCGCAACAGCCACCCAUGCAGACUUGUGUGUUUUUUUGUAAACAACUUCACAAGACUAUACAUUUUUAUAUAUUUUUAGAACAACGCUAAGGGUGGUUACAAUGUAGGCGACAAAGAUCAAAAAUCAAACAGCGAGGAGACACAAUUUAACAUGGUAAGUCAACAGCUGUGGGCUACUGUGAGACUUUAUAAGGCUGAAUAUUAAAAUAAACAUCUCUCGCACCAAUUUUUAUCCACACGUAGGAUAAAACCUUGUGCACUAUUUUGAAUUGCAAAACGUUUUAAAAGUAUAGUAUAAUUCAACGUUAUAAAACUGUUUUUAUAAAUUGUGUGUUAAUAUUAGGCAUGCAUGCACUGCUUAUUCGGAAUAACUUUUGUUCUAUAUUCGCUGGGGGUUAUAAAAUUCUAUAGAUGUUAUAUGAAUACCACUAGGCAUUACGCUUCGUCAUUUGAAUCUAUACACAUGCAUACUACAUAUAGGUUGGAAAAGGAUUAUUCUUGCAGCAUUAUUGCGUUUUAUAUGAGUACAACUAUAGUCCAAAGCAGCACUCUUGUUUUCCUUAUUCUUAAAUCUAUAAUAUUCUUGGAAAAUAAAAUUUGCACCAAGCAUGCAUGUAUUCUAUACAAAAAUUGCCAGAACUGAACUAUCCGAUUGUUGAUUAAGAAUUGAUUCAGACAAAUAAUGAUAUGGCUUGAUAACGUUACCCUCGUGCAUAUAUUUACAGAAUAUCGCGGAAAUUUAUGUCGGUUCCAGUCAAGUGACCACUGGUUUGCCAAAUCGCAUCCGAAACUGCAAAAUUCGCAAACAUUGAGCAAAACCAAUUCUUAUCAGUAUACAACUCCCAUGCAUUAUAUUCCAGCUCUUAAAUAUUUUAAUCAUUCGCAACACACUGUGCAUCUAAACGUUCAGAAAGCAUCCUAAAGUUAUGAAAUAUUUUCAGAACUAUUUUCAAAGUGGCGAAGGCUUUGCAAGUACUUCAGGUCUGACAGGAAAGUCUCAGCUUACAAUUGAGUGGACCAAUCAACAUGGCUGUAGUGAUCGAGAUUUAAACUGUAACUUUGUUCUUCAAUACCGAUGUCAAGAUGACGCAAACAAUCAGAAGUUGAAUCAACACUCAAUGAGGAAUGGUAAGAAAAAUGUAACUCCAUCGAAAACAGGGAACCAAACGUUUCCUCCCUCAUUGCUGAGUUUAUGCUUCAAGUAUUAAUUGAUAAAUUAUUUAAAUAAGGAUUUCUUUCGAGGACACUAUAAUAUAAUUGCAGUCGAAUAACCUUGUUAACAAAUAAAGGAUUGUGCUUAAAUGCGUUUUAAUCCUGGAUUUAAAUUAAUGCCAUGUAUAUUAAAUUUCUCCAAGGUAAGGUAACCACUACUCCAAAUUAUAGCGGUUCUCGCAAGUACACCACACGCGCAAAACAAGAACUAUUGGUUGAAUCGUGAUUCAGUCAGUUAUACCCGAGGUCUUCAUGAAUCCUGGGAAUGGUAUGAUAAAUGCACCAAAAGAAGCCGUAAUCAAGGUGAGUUCUAUAUAUGAAAACAAACAGGCUAAAAAUAGUCCAUAUAUAGAUAGUCCACUAGAAUAACGCUAUAGAGUAAGAAAAAUAUAUGGCAUUGGCGAGGGCAAAGUCAAGUCCGAAACAUUUGCGAAUAUAUAAAUUUCAAUUGGACAAGUGUAUCUCUAGGUCAAUGAAAACAUUACCUUUUGAUAUAAAAUAUAAACAAAGUUUUGGAUAGUAUAUCAAGGAAAUGCAUUUUCGAAAAUAAUCUAUAAACCUGUGGUCAGGGUCGGAUUAUUCUAACGAAAUUUUAUCAGUGCACAAAAGCGAGAAGAAUGAUAAAAUUUAUAUAAAUUCAGCGACAUUUUCGAAAAAGUUCUGACUGCCCUACAUGAGUGCAUAUACUCUGGUUCCGCAACUUAAAGUUUACCGCUGCAUGCAUGUCACCAAUUAUAUGCAGAAAAAUGAGCCAAAAUCACCGCUAAUGAGCCCACAUGUACAUUCUGCAUAUUCUAUUUCGUGCAAAAAUAUACACAUUUUCACUUUUUUUGAAUCGCAUGGAAAAACAAAGCAAUAUUUUUCAAGAUCUAGUCUUUCGCUCUCGAGAAAAUAGAUUAAUCUAUGAACUGUUGAUUGUGUCACCAAGCAACGUCAAAAAUCCCAAAACAAAAUAUAAUUGUCACUGAACAAAUCUCAUUUAUCACUAUACAAAUUGGUUAUCACUGCACCUUAAAAUAAUCCCUGCCUGUGGUUGCCUUAAUAAAUUUAUUUUUCCUUCAGAUGGUGUCAAAAUCUUCGUAGACAACUUAGACAUCAGCAAAAACAUUUAUUAUUGACAUCCCUUUGCAAGUUCAAAACAUCACAUUCUUAGCUGGUUAAUAUAAUUUGCUAAAAACAUUGUAAAUUUUUCCUGCCAACAAAAGCUCAAAAGUUCAAGUCCCAAACGAAACAACUACUCAUGCGUCAGUGCAUCACCACAGCAAUUAAGCUUCUUUCUAUUCCGUACUUUACGUUUAUUUUACUUCGUUUUGAAUAUUUUAAACGACAAGUUUUUGUUUGAAAUCCGGCUCUCGUAGGGCAACAAAAAUACUAUAUUGCCCAUGUGAGUAAUACGGGAAAAUCCUGCCUCGUCAGCAUUAAUUAACCAAUCCAAUUACGCGGUUAAUUACGCGGAACAACUAUAAUGAUGCAUGACAAUUUUGUUGAAUGUUCUUUCUCUUAAUAUAUAGGACUCUUCACAGCUGAUCAAAAACUGAAGGGUAAGACAAGUAUUUACACUCGUCAAAAUGCAAAUGGUGGUCGUAGUGGUUAUGAAUGUCCCGAGGAACGAGAUUACUAUCCUUACUGGCAUCCUACAGACUGGAUUGAUAUAGCGGUGUUUGCUUAUAAUGAAAGCAUGUGUAAAUAUUAUCGGAAAGAAAGUUUCAAUGUCAAAAACAAAGGUUAGCCUGGUAAAACUACUGUUAUUAACUGACGUAAUUUUCCAAUAUAGCUAAAGUUUUUCUAAUUAAGAUUGAUCAACGAAUUAGGUAUGAUUAAUUCUAGCAUUAAAGAUGAAUUCCACUCCGUUCUGCGCAUCAGUUCUCCUCAUAACAAAGGGGGACCCAGCAGAUAUAAACGUUGCACAAAUUUUGCAUUUUUCGAACUUUCGAACCAGAAAAGUGUUAGAUAUUCAGUUAGUAUAUCAUAUUUUACAAAUAUAGCAAUUCAAAACAUAAACAAAGUUCGCACAUGCGCACAGAAGUGGACUUCAUCUUUAACAUUUCUAUAAUGAGAUCUAUGUUCUUUCUCAGUGUUUUGAAUUACAAUGAAAUAAUAGUGUAUUUCACAACAAUCGUCAUAAGAUUUCUAUUAAGAGCACUUACUGUUUAUAUUACAUCUACUAAAAUCUGAUCUAGGUGAAAAACAAUGAGAUAAUCAAUUUGUUAACACGGGUUGACUGAUAUUUAAAGCGAGGUUUUGAUCUUUUUGGAAAUUAAAUUAGUUUUUUUUAUUGCUUUUUCGCAGGGGAGUGUCUUCAAUACUACCCAUCGAAAGCCAAUGGUUUCCGCCAUGACUCGGUUUAUAACAACGAAAUUGACUGCAAAAAAAAUAAAGGGUUCUGGAUUUCAUUCAGCAACUAUUUAGAAGAAUACCCCAAGUAUCAAACAGAAGCAAAAUGUAAAGCUAAAAGCUCUCGUAAACUACCUCUUAAAUGGGACAUUCCUUACCGCUCUGAAGAUAUUGAUAAUUUAAAAACGACUGGUGAUAAUGUGAAGUCAUUAAAACGUUGUUUGGUCGCACUUGAUGCACCAGAAUGCACCAAAGCUCCAUACACAAGAUCAAACCAUUUAGGAAAUGUCCAAGGUAUCGUUCCUUUCCGUUACACUUGGGCUCUUCCACAUUUCCCGUCUGGUCGUGUACAAAGAUGCGUCCUGAGAUUGAGGUUAGUUAUAAAGUUGUAAUAAUUUUUCAACACCUAUAUAAUCACUUUUUUAAGUAUACGAAUUUAAUAAAAGACUUUUAGUAGCAGGAAUUUAGGGAAAGACAAUGCAGGAACUUCGUUACAAGAGAAAUAAUUUAGACCUUUUGUAGAUGCUGUUUUUUCAACUUUCAUUAAUCUUUUCUGUCUUUCUGAUCAUGAGGAUCUGUGUAAUUUGGCGACAUUGUAUAGCAGGGCGAGGGGUUUCUGCAUGCAUAUAAUUCUGGUAGACCAGUUACACUAGUUACAUGUAUACUUCGUCGAUAACGUGUGAAUGUUAGAAACAACAGCGAACAUAUAUGAUAGUGUACAAAAUUCCACUCCUUGUCAAAUUUCGCUGAAAAGGGCGCUUGUGCCAGUUGUUCUCCGCAUCAAAAAACGGAGCAAGAGCGCGCUUUACUUACACCCACUAUACAAGUGUCCUGGUAACGACACACAAUUCAAUCUUCGUUCUAAAUUAGGAAUGAACAUUUUUGUGGCUCAUUUUCUUAAAAUUUCACAUACAAUUUAAUCAAAAUGAAAUAAUUAACUGCGAGCUUACAAUAUUAAAAAAAAUUCUGAAACACGUUUCUGAAUAAUUUUCUUUCAGGUCCAUUUUGCUAUGAUGUUAAAUAACCUUUUUUCUCCUCUUUCCGUUGGUUAGGUACAACAUUUCCACUGGAGAUUAUCCACCAUUUAACACAUUUAGUGAUGAAAAUGACAAUCCGUAAGUAUUCAAGAUGUCUCACAAUCAUGACCUUGAACCCUCUAACAACUAAUUAUGUGUGGCUUUUCGAAAGGCGAUGCUUGUUGGGCUAGUAUUCCAAAGGUGGUAGGUUCGAUUCUCACCGUGGUCGGGCAUAUUUUUCAUGCUUGCCCGGUGUGGAUACACACUCAGAGUAACAUCACAAGCAUCAUAUUCACCUGAGUACAUUACACCAACACAGAAAAAAAUCAUGAUUAUUAGAUAACAUUGAUAUCCAAGGAACUAGAUUCUGUUCCGAAAUAUCAGAUACUUGAACCGACCAGACCACGUAGAUCAAUUGGCAGAGCAUUGGGCUAGUAUUCCAAAGGUCGUAGGUUCGAUUCCCACCGUGGUCAGGCAUAUUUUUCGAGCUUGCCCGGUUUGAAUAUACCCUCCGCCGCCCCCCCCCCCCGUCGCCAAAAAAUUUUCGGUCAGUGUACCAUUUUAGGGGUAAAACUUUUUUCAGGAGUAAAAAAUUUUCCCGACAAGUACGUUGCAAUUGCUUUCCAGGGACUUUAUCUCAUUUUUUAUGACAUAUUUCGGUACUUAGCCCAAGAAAACAGAUAUCUUGUCCUUUGCGCGGAAAUGUUUAACACGCAAAAAAGACUGCGGCCCAACAAAAAUUUUUCAGGGCUCCGCAGCACCUCGGAGCCAGGGGCAACCUUCCCCCCUCUCUGUGGCCCUGACACUCAGAGUAACAUCACAAGCAUCAUAUUCACCUGAGUACAUUACACCACACAGAAAAAAAACUUUUGAACUGGUAAUAAUUAUUUCAGCCAAAUCGUGUUACACAAGUUAAACAUGACUGGUAAAUUAAUAUAUACCAGCAUGUACUUGUCCAAAAUACAUGCAGGCAAUAAAACAACCAAUUGAAAACAAAAUUAAAGAGAUGGCAAAAAUAGUUGUACGUAAAUGAUUUUGCAGCCUAAAAAUGGGGAAAUGAAAAGUAAUUUAUAUAUAGUGAUAGAAGAGUCAAGCAUGUAAACCGAGCGAAGCAUUAUAGUUUAGAAACUAGACAUUUAAUGGCAACCGCAUGAGAAGCUACUAUAAGAUAUAAGAUAUAUUUGGUUAAUUUCGUUUUUGUGCACCUUCCUUUGUAAUGUAUAAUUUUAAAAUAUAUAAUACCUUAACAAACUUUCAUUCGUAAGUCUUACAUUAGUCUCAGGUUGUUUUCCAAAACUUCCGGUGCAAUAACUAUUGUAAUAAAGCAAGCCUAUUCUCAAAGAGAUUAUUACUUUUUAUAAGGAAUGCGGGUGUACAUUCUCCAGUCCAAAACAAUCCAAAAGUUAAAGUUGGUGCUAUUCAGUUACCAUUACAACUUGCCAUCAACACCGCCCAAUUUGGACGUACUUUCCAAGAUCGAUCUCAUUUAUUCAAGCUCCUACCCAGGCCUAUAAAGGUGAAUGAUAAUGACGUCAUCUAUAAUCUGAACGUACGAGGAAAGCGCGGGAAUAUCGUGCAAGCUUUUCCAGCGGUAGAAUACGACUUUAUCCCGAAACGAAUGACUAUUUCUAGCGCAAGUCUUGUGCAUAUCCAGUGGACUGGUAAGUUUCGAUUACAUAAAAAAUUUAUUACAUUGUAUAUGACCUUCAUGAAAAAAGAUAUUAGAUAAUGAGGUCGUCAUUUCCUGCUGAAAUCGGGAAAACGGUUGUCAUCAUAUUUUUCAGACCGACGUUCUCCCGAAUAGGCCAUGACGUAUUCGGGAGUACAUACAUUGUACUAUGACUGAGUCACAAAGUAGGCACUGUUGUAGCCGGCGCGCAAAUGACAAAUUUUGUAUAUUUUGUCAAUUACUGGCAAAAAUUACAACACAGAAUAUACAUGUAACUUGGGUUAUAAUGAAUUCGAUUUUUUUCUCUUUGGCCAUCCUUUUUGUAAUCUAGCUCUUCAGUGCAUGCGGGAAUUAUCGCAGCAUUUUGAUUUGUUCCUGAGCGGUCGGAAACCAAUGUUCAAUUUAACCUGAGUAUCAGGCCCUCGGUAUUGAAAGAGGGCCUGACACGAAACGCCUCAAAAGCCAUGUUCAACAUCCAGAAUCUGGAUGUUAUGCUGAUUGGCUAAGAGACGAUAAAACGCAUCAUGUGAUUCAAACCGGAAAUAUAUGACCGGCGUAUGUAAACACCAAAAAUAGAAUUUGUAAUUUUGUCAAUAUACUGUUAAAAGUGCUUUAUUUCUGAAAUUUAUUUUCAAUUAAUUAAGCCUAAAAAUGACAAAAUAAGUACGAAAAGACGUUGAAAACGCUUUUGCAGCAACAUUUUACUCGGUAUAAAACUAAAACUACAUAGUCAUAGUAGAAAGCGUGUCUAAGUAUCUCGCCGUAAUAGUCGCCGUAGAACGAAAAUAUGUGGAUGUCGGAAAUUUUCAAAUAUUUAGUUCCAAAAAGCUGAAGCCUUAUUUAUCAGUUUAUUGCCGAGCUGUUUUCCAAGACCUGCAAGGAUAUGGUAGUCAGCUCGCUCGAACUAAUAUGCCAACAUCAGGCAGAAAUUGAAGACAAUAGCCGCUGUGUCAGACGCAGUUGAAGCGAAUAGCUGUCUCGAACAAACUAUUAACAUGACACGAGGACCGAGGAAGAAGAAAUCCUAUUCAGAGCGCCGAAUGUUGUCUCUUUAGACUCCUGGAAAAAGCCAUCGAGAUAUGGUUCCCCGAAUAAGGCAUAGUUUACGCUUAGAAUUCCAUCAUGUGGAUAUUUCGACAAAAACAUACCGAUUUUUCUCCGUAUUUAUUCAAAUUUAUAUAAAACUGCAAAUAACGAAAUUUGCGUAUUUACAUACCUGUAGCGGACAACCGGAAAUAUGCUACAACCGGAAAUAAUUUUAAUUGGCUGAUAUUCUGGGGGUGGAAAGCCCGUAGAGGCGAAUUGUGUCAGGCUCUCUUCAAUACCGAGAGCCUCAUACUCAGGUUAUGUUCAAUUUGACAUGUACAUCUUUAUCCAUUUCACAAAUUAAAAUAUGUGCUCUUCGAAUGGAAAUGAAUAAGUAUAAAAAUAUUUACAAGAGUUACAGUGUACAUAGGCAAAGAAACAAAUAAUUAUAAUAAAAUAAUUAAGAAAUUUUAGAUUUAAACUCAGCAAGAGAUUGAGCUCUAGCGAUUUCGACGGGUAUGUCGUUCCAUAGGGUAGCCCUCGAUAAGUAAAGCUCUUCUCUAAGGACUCAGUUAAGGGUCUCGGAGCAAACGUUUUAUGACCAGAGCCUCGCAAAUUGUGUUCGUGUAUCACAGAAGUUGCAGUAAUUUUGUUGACAAGUAACUAGGAACCAUGUUAUUAACAGUUUUGUACAUAAAAGUUUUAAACUAUUGAGUGCGUCUGGUUUUAAGGUUGUUCCAAUUCAAUGACGUUAAGAUAUCUUAGGACCGAAUGUUGUAAUCAGAUUCAGUAAUAAUUCCUGCAGCCCUAUUCUGUAAGCUCUGUAGCUUUUGUACAAAACACUUGCCUAAGCUAUCCAAAACAGUGUUACACAAUAACCAAAGUGUGGCUGUAGUAAAGAGUUGUAGUCUAAAUGAAGACAUGAGUUGGCUGUGGAAUUGAAGCAAUGAUUUUAAGUCUUCGUAAAUCUCCACUCACCUUGGAGACUUUGGAGAUAGACGCUACCGCUCAUCAUCACCACGAAGAUGGAUGCUAUACCGCUCGGUCAUACAUAUACAAACGAGAAAUGGUUCAUGCAUGCACUCGGCAACUAAUAUCCUCCGGUCAGGAUCACUCGCCUAGUCAAUAACAUAUAUAUCAUAUAGCUAUACAUGUCAGCAAUUGCGUUAGAAAUGCAUCAAAAACUGCAUCGUGUACCACCUUUUUUAAUCCAUUCUUUAACAUUAUAUAAACUCGGUGAAACUGGUUUUAAAAUCACCAUCUUUUUCUUUCAAAGGAUCAAAUACCAAUCCUAGUGGCAAUGCCGGACAGGGAAAGGCAGGUAUGUUUAGUUAACUAUAUCCGCUAUACGAUUUUUCCUACAAAUGUAGACAAUGUGAAAAAUCAUAACAGUAAAUUAACAAACAUCUCAAAUUUUCCGUGCGAGUAGUCCUUGAACACAUCUUUUUCGUGAAUAAAGUAGUAAAAUAAUUUAUUAACUGACUGCAACUACGUAGUAAAUUUUCAAAUUUUUUCUUUGUAAUGUCUAUGCAGGUACAGAUCGUCACAACAUGGUGGAAAUGGCAGACCCUUCUGUGAACUAUCCUUUAACAUCAGAAAAGCCAUUAAAAAUGUUCACCAACGCUGAAAUCGUUUGGAGAAGUGAUGAAGGAACGGAGACUAAACAAGAUCUUAUUUUAAGUAUGGCUUCCUCUGGCUACUACAACAGCAUGACACUCUGUCAGGCUUCUCCACAGAAAACAGCGUUUAAUGACGAGUUAAACAACGCUCCAGCAUCUUAUCGUGGCAUGCUAUUGAGGUUUGCACCAGGAGAAUAUAACUACAUGUGUACAAGAAACAACAACUUCAGUAAUCGUAACCAGAAAGGAAGACUCGUGGUCAGAAAUGUACCAGGGAGCAAGCUAAGCAAGAAGUAA